AGUGUUGUAGACAGUUUGUGUCAGAAUCAUGUUUACUUUUGGUAUCUUCCUUACCUUAAUGGUUCUGAAUUACAGCCUGGCUUCCAGGGAAGUAAAGAAAGUGAUUGUUUAUGGGGGAAAAGGAGCACUGGGCACAGAGAGUGUGCGCUACUUCAGAGCCAAACAUUGGUGGGUUGUAUCUGUUGAUGUCAGAGUCAACAAAGAAGCCAAUGCAAAUGUUAAAGUUAAGAUGACUGAAUCCUUCACUGAUCAAGCCAAACAGGUAACAGUGGGUGUUGGUAAGCUGUUGGGUGUUGAGAAAGUUGAUGCCAUCUUCUGCGUGGCUGGAGGUCAAGCAGAGGGCAAUGCUAAAGCCAAAUCUCUGUACAAGUAUGCGGAUCUGAUGUGGAAACAAAAUGUGUGGACCUCCACUAUUUGUACUCACCUAGCAACCAGAUACCUGAGAGUGGGGGGACUGCUCACACUGACUGGAGCCAAAGUAGCACUGGGGCCGACAGCAGAAUCUGUUAGUUUUGGAAUGGCAAAGGCAUCUGUACAUCAGCUGACCCGGAGUCUCGGUGGGCCAAACAGUGGUCUUCCACCACGAUCUGUUGCUCUAGCAAUCCUUCCAGUAACUUUGGAUACACCCACAAAUAGAAAGAUCAUGCCCAAUGCUGAUGUCAGUUCCUGGACCCCGCUUAAUCAUGUAACCCAGCUGUUCUUUAAGUGGACUGUUGGUAAAAGCAGACCACCGUCAGGUAGUCUUGUGGAGCUUGUUACUACAAAUGGCAAAACAGUAGCUACCCCUAUUAAAAGCGUUUAACAUAUUAAUCAGCUGUCAGUCUCCCAAUAAAGACUGUUUUAAGUGAU